GCCCAAGGCUCCAACACGAACAGAACCCCGUUAUUUGAAGUAUCCAACAAUUUCCAUUGCCCGCCAUCUUCGACCAACCAACUCAGACUCCAUUCCCUCUCUCCAAUUGUGAUCAAACCACCUUCUCUUUCACGUCUACCUCUCUCUCCUCUGCACUAUAAAUAUUGAGUAAACCUACAAUAGCAGCAGCAACCAAACUUAUCAAUCCUUUCUCCCUCUCUCUCUCUCUCUUUGUCUCUCCCUAGAUCUCUGUUGUUGUUGUUAUCAUCUUAGUUUGAUAGAAAGCGGAUGGGAGAUGACAACAUCAACCUUCCUCCUGGCUUUCGAUUUCGCCCGACUGAUGAAGAACUGGUUCAUUUUCUCUAUAGGAAGGCAGCACUCUCACCAUGUCAACCAGAUUUUAUUCCAGAUCUCGAGCUUUAUCCUUAUGAUCCAUGGGAACUCAGUGGCAAGGCACUGGAGGGGGAUAACCAGUGGUAUUUCUUCAGCCGAAGAACUUCAAAUCGGAUUUCUGAAAAUGGGUAUUGGAAUCCUUUGGGUGUUGAUGAGCCUAUCUUCACCGGUGCCAGAAAUAUAGCGGGUAUGAAGAAGCUUCUCGUCUUCUACCUCGGCGAAGCACCGGAGGGAGACAAGACCAAUUGGAUGAUGCAGGAGUACCGUCUCUCAGACUCUGGUUCUAGUAGUAGUCGGUCCUCAAGAAAAAAAGGAAGCUCAAAAAGGGAUUUGACUGCAUGGGUCAUUUGCCGAGUCUACCAGAGGAAUGAUGAUGAUGAUGAUGAUACUGGUAUAGAGCUUUCAUGCUUAGAUGAAGUUUUCCUGUCAUUUGAUGAUCUUGACGAAAUAAGCUUACCAAAUUAGACCAAAAGAAUUGAUCUAAAUUGGCAAUUGUAAGGCUUCAAUUGAUUGUGAUAUCCACAGAUAUUAUAUUCUUAGUAAAAACAGUAUGUAGGAAAAUUUGAAAUCAGUUAUAGUUAUUUUCUUCCUUUUAUAUGUUGAUGAUGGGAGGUUUUCACGUGCUUGGCUUAUUGGAGAGAAGAAGGAUAAACGUGGGAAAGAGUGGAGCCCAAGCAGCACUGUUACAGGGCUUGCUGUGCUUUGAGCAAUCGUUCUUGGCUUUUGGCUUUUCUUUUUGGGUUUAUGCUUUGAUGGUCCUUGGUGGCUGUCUAGUGUCACCAAGCUAAGGAACAAUUUUUUUAUGGGUGCCUGCUUAGGCUAGCAUUUCGUCAUGCAUGUUGUAAGCUUUCACACUUGAAGUAGGAUCACCCAUGUCUAUAAUGGACAUAUAUGAUUACCAAAGUGUCCCUGUUCUAUUGUUAAAGGUCCUCAAUUCUUAGGG